GGUGCAGUUCCAACCUGCCUUUUUUAUUUUUUCGCAUCGACGUGCGCGUGCCCCCGGCUCGCCUGCUUUUGUGCGUGCGCGCGCACCAUUCCACCUCCCAUAGCUCAGUCGCUUCUGUGCUGUUUGGUUUCUCCUCCUCGUAUCUUUGGAUGAUGAGAAGAUGGUGGCUGUCUGGCGAUGAAGCGACCUCCGUCCCCCCACCGCAGCCCCUCUCAGUGUACUGUCGGGGCAGGCAGGAAGUAAAAGAUAACGGCGUUGAUUGAGCGCUUAUGGAAAUGAGCAGACGGGAAGACCAGCAAUUGUAUAACGCUGCAGAUCUGUCAGUCUGCCAGCUUAAACGUAUUUCUAGAAAAGCCAUGCCACCAGCGAUGGCACGAGCUAAAGCGGAGGAAGACUCGUAAAACUGUGCGACAGACGUGCCCACCGCAGAGUCUUGCAAGCCGGGGGGUGAAAAGAAGGGGCGUGUGAGGAGAUUGAAACGGGCCGACGGUGUCGUCGCGCAAAUGCGCAAUUAGGGGCCAGGAGAGCGCAAAAGGCAGACUUGUCACUCGUCGAGGGGAGGACACGGCGGUGAAGGUUGUGGCUUCGUGUGUGAACGCAGGAGAAAAGGGGGCGAAAAGGCAUGCGAGGACGCUUUCUGCGAUGACUGGGGCAGAACGACAUGGAAUAAACAAGUGUGUACCCAAGGGCUGGCCGCCAACUGACGCAAUCUAACCGAGGCUUAAGAAUGACACUUGAAGACUCUGGAGCCAAGUGCCGAAGUGCAAGCGUUCCACAGUGGGGUUAAAGUCUGUGCCUGGCAUAAAAUCCCCCGAGAAGUCCAUUUGCUGCCUUGCUUUUUUUUUCUUCACGACCUUCUUCUUCUUCUUCUCUCUCUUUUUUUUUUUUUGUUAUCCACCCACCUUCUAAACAUGGCUUCUCCGCAGCAGCCUCUGUUCCACAGCUCUGAGGUCAGCUGUGAUGCCACAGGAGAUGGUGUGGUGGUGAAGAUCAACCCCAGGUUGGCAGCGGCCGCCGCUGCCGCCGCCAGCAGUAGCGGCAGCUCCUCCAAGCACUGCAAGUACAGCAUCUCGUCCAGCUGUAGUUCGGGAGAGUCGGGCGCCCGUCGGGGGCCGACGGCGCAACUCAGACGGCCGAAGAAGAAGCUGCCCCAACUCUUUGAGAGGUCCUCGCAGCAGUGGUGGAACCCGCGGUUCGAUUCAUCCAACUUGGAGGAGGCCUGCUUGGAAAGGUGUUUCCCCCAGACCCAGCGGCGAUUUCGAUACGUCCUCCUGUACCUGGCCAGCGCUUGCCUACUGUGGACUAUCUAUUUUGUGAUCAACAAGGAAAGGUGCGAUUGGAUUAUUUUUUUGUCCCCCACCGUGGGCUUCUUUGGAUUCUGCAUUUUGCUUUUCAUUUUCACUUUUUCUCGUUUCUAUGCCCGCAUGUACACGUGGGUCUCUUUGCUUCUCUUUAUAGUGACGUUUGCCUUAACAUUAGCACCCCAAUUCCAAAAAGUGAAGCCAUCCCUCUCAAACGAUAGCAAUAUCACAAACCUCUUGGAGCCAUGUCUUUCGCCAGUGGGGAGUUUCUCCCUCUGCAUGGAGGUGCUCUUGCUGCUCUACACAGUCAUGCACUUGCACCUCUACCUUUGCGUGAUGCUUGGAGUCCUCUACUCGACCCUUUUUGAAGUUCUUUAUUUCCUCUCCGGAAACCUGGACCCAAGUGGUGCUGAAUACUGGCUGGCUCCAGGAAAAGCGUUCCUGCACAUCUGUGCGCACGCCAUCGGCAUCCACUUGUUCAUUAUGUCCGAAGUUCGCCUGCGAAGCACUUUCCUCAAGGUGGGCCAGUCAAUCAUGCACGGCAAAGACCUGGAGGUCGAGAAGGUCCUGAAAGAGCGAAUGAUUCAUUCAGUCAUGCCCCGGAUGGUGGCCGAUGAGUUGAUGAAACAAGGAGAUGACGAGAGUGAAAACUCCGUCAAGCGCUACUCGGCCUCUAGUCCGAAGAGCAAGAAAAAAAAGAGCUCGAUUCCGAAGGCUCACAUUAUUUUUCGUCCUUUUAACAUGAAGCGCAUGGAACCGGUCAGUAUUUUAUUUGCUGAUAUUGUGGGAUUUACUAAGAUGAGCGCCAAUAAGUCGGCCCAUGCCCUCGUGGGUCUUUUAAACGAUCUCUUUGGACGAUUUGACCGACUUUGUGAGAUCACCAAAUGUGAGAAGAUCAGCACGCUGGGGGACUGCUAUUACUGUGUGGCGGGAUGUCCGGAACCACGCAAUGACCACGCUUACUGCUGUAUUGAGAUGGGCCUCGGCAUGAUUGUAGCCAUUGAGCAGUUCUGCCAAGAAAAGAAAGAAAUGGUUAAUAUGAGGGUUGGCGUACACACUGGCACCGUACUGUGUGGCAUCCUGGGAAUGAAACGUUUUAAGUUUGACGUGUGGUCGAAUGACGUGAACCUUGCAAACCUGAUGGAACAGUUGGGCGUAGCAGGAAAAGUGCACAUCUCGGAAGUGACGGCUAACUUCUUGGACGAUCGGUACCUGCGCGAAGAUGGCAAAGUGAUGGAGAGAGUUGGGCCGAGUGUGGUGGCUGAUCAGCUGAAAGGGCUGAAAACAUACUUGAUCUCAGGCCGCAGAGCUGAGAAGUCUGAAUGCUGCUGCUCCAAGAUGUGCCUAGAGCUGGAAUCGGGAAACAGGGAGAAUAAAACUGAGGCCCUGCCUAUAGAGCUCACACAUACCAACAGCCAGACUGACAAAAACAAGAUGGCAUGUGUGACCUGUAGUGGUAUUCUAGCUUCAAAUUGUCUACUUGAGGAUGGCGCUGUUCAGAAUGGCUGUCAGGAGGACCAUAAAAAUAACAUAAAGAACCCACUCGUACGCAGUGCCAAGGCACAGAAUGGCUUGUUGCUCCCAGCUGCUGAAGAUAAGCUGACCAACAGUCAGACAUCACUGUAUGAAAUGUUGCAGGAAAAGGGGAAGUGGUUUGGGGUCAAUAUUGACCAAUCGGCUUUACUUCCACUACAGUGUCAAAAAAUACGUGAAAGGACUGAUGCCCAUUUUGUGGAUGUCAUUAAAGAGGACAGCCUGAUGAAAAAAUACUUCCUAAAGCCACCCAUAAACAAGCUGAGCCUAAACUUCCUAAAAGAAGACCUUGAAAUAAUGUAUCGACUCAGCUAUCAGAAGGAAGUUGAACUGAUUGCUCCUGUGAAGACAUUUGCCAGCUCAACUUUUAGCUCCUUCCUGGAUGUGUUGCUUUCAUCUGCAGUGCUCUUGUUCAUUACCCUCAGCUGUUUCUUGAAACCAUUGGUCUUGGGAACGAGUCCUCCUCCAGCUGCCAUCGCGGUCAGCGUCCUUGCCAUACUGUUGGAAGGAGUAUCACUGGUCCUGUCUGUGCGAAUGGCCUUUUACCUGGAAGACGUAAUGGGCUGCACCAAACACCUUCUACAGUUUAUUGCUGGCUGGAUCCCUCGCCAUUUUAUUGGUGCCAUUCUGAUCUCUCUCCCAGCACUUUCUGUUUUUUCUCACGUUACCUGUGAGUUUAAUAACGGAUCACAAUUCACAGUAUUCCUGUGCUGUGCUCUCAUCAUCGCAAUUAUCCAGUACUGUAACUUCUGCCAACUCAGCUCUUGGAUGAGAUCCUCUAUCUGCACAGUUGUGGGGAUUGUGCUGCUUAUUCUUCUUUAUACCUCAUUAUGCCCAGACAAGAGCUCUGUAUUUGAAUCCGAGCUCCACAAAGAUAUUGGCCAGGAGGUCAUUCUGGCAUUUCUCCUCCUCCUCCUUCUGGUUUGGUUCUUAAACAGAGAGUUUGAGGUGAGCUAUAGGCUGCACUAUCAUGGGAAUGUGCAGGCGGACAUGCAUCGCAGUAAAAUCCAGAACACGAGAGACCAGGCUGACUGGCUACUGCGUAACAUCAUCCCUUAUCACGUUGCUGAGCAGCUGAAGGUGACACAAAGCUACUCUAAAAACCACGAUAACGUCGGUGUCAUCUUUGCCAGCAUCGUCAACUUUAGCGAGUUUUACGAGGAGAACUACGAAGGUGGCAAAGAGUGCUACCGUGUGCUUAAUGAACUGAUUGGAGACUUUGACGAGUUGCUCAGCAAGCAACAAUACAGCAAUAUUGAGAAAAUCAAAACCAUCGGUGCCACAUACAUGGCAGCAUCCGGUCUCAAUCCUUCACAGUGCCAAGACUCUGCCCAUCCGCACGGCCAUCUUCACGUCCUCUUUGAGUUUGCCAAAGAGAUGAUGCAAGUGGUGGAUGACUUCAACAAAGAUAUGCUGUGGUUUAACUUCAAGCUCCGCAUUGGCUUUAAUCACGGACCCCUGACUGCGGGGGUGAUCGGCACAACAAAGUUGCUGUAUGACAUCUGGGGAGAUACGGUCAACAUUGCCAGUCGCAUGGACACUACUGGAGUCGAAUGUCGCGUUCAGGUCAGUGAAGAAAGCUUCCGUGUGCUUAGUGAAAUGGGCUACGAAUUUGAUUAUCGAGGCACGGUUAACGUAAAAGGUAAAGGCCAAAUGAAAACCUACUUGUUUCCAAAGAGCAUGGACAAUGGCAUGGUACCGCACCACCAGCUCUCCGUUUCUCCCGAAAUCCGCGUCCAGGUAGAUGGCAGCAUCGGCCGCUCCCCCACCGAUGAGAUUGCAGAAAUGGUCCCCGCUGCUGUUGCACAUUGCUUGGAGCAGACACCUCAGCCUCGUCCACCGGCAGUCAUUACUGGGAAGCCAGACGGCAAAGACCUGCCACACGUUUCUCAACAAAGCAGCCCAGGGAACGUCCACAAGCCACUCCUGCCUUUCCGUCCCUGUGCUGAACAAAGUACAUUAGAAGAAGAGGAAGCAGAUGAACUGACGAGACUCCAAGGAGCCACAAGUCUAUGAUGCCGCUCACCUUUGCCAUGAGAACGGAAAAUAAUAACACAAUAAACAAUGUUGCCUUGAUUUCAUUCAUCAAGAACUGUCCUGACAGCAACUAAAAUACCCCAUGAAAGAGAAGGAACUUCUCUACUUCUUCUUCUUCUUCGUCCAGUGUUUAUUUCAUUUUUUUUUUUAUAUGUUCAUCCAAUUAGGUCGUAUUUUUUCAUAGCGGAGAAGAACGGAGGCCGAAUACACUGUGUGGAUCACAGUUCUUUUUCGAGACCGCAGGGGCUUGAGACAUUAUUCAAACUGUCGGCCGUGUCCCCUGUUUUCACCUUUUAGUGUUGUCAUUUUGAGUUUUUUUUUGUUUGUUUUUUUCUUAUUUAAUGUUGUUUUGAGGCUGUGUAUUAAUUAAGUGCCUUCAGAAAUAUUUCUAGUGUCAUCUUUGCUUGAAUGACAGACUUGUAAAACGGAGAAACAAGCAAAAUGUAUAGCAUGGCUUUUACAAAAAAAAGACAAAAAACAAAAAAACAACAGACUCUGGGGGAAGCUGUGGUUAUUUAUGUGAGAAACACUAUAGCUUUUGCUAAUGCAAUAUUCUUCUUCUUUUUAAAUCUCUCUGUCUCAAUCUCUCUUAAGAAUCCAGCAGUGGUGUUUACAAAUAAUGCCAGCGAUGUGAAAUGGCAGUAGUUGCGUCCAAUGCCAUGGAAUGGUGCCAUGGGCACAUUGGCCAUUCAGCGCCAUCUGAGAAAAACUGGGAUAUAUGGGGCAGGCGUAAGAAAACAGAGCACUGAUCUGAAAUCAUAACUGACAAAAGGCACCGUCCUGUGUAUAAUUACCGUUUGUAAUCAUCCUCUCAUUAUUUCAAAUGUUCCAGCAAAUGGCAGUAGAGUUCCAUUACGUCUGUGCUCUGCCUAUGUGACCCCCUGAUAGUGCUGAUCCUGUCAUCGUGGCAUCAAGUAACCUCGCCCCGGACUGGGGCUUGAGUUUCAGUUUGAGACCAUAGGGCUCGGCCGACACAUCAAUAAUUAUAAAUAAAGAUGGCACUUACAUUCAGAAACCUGGAAUGCCAUUUACCUGUCACCAGCACAUUAUGAUUUUGUUAUUGGGUAAUGAGGAAAGGGCACUCUGCAUUGCACAGUCACUCUUGGCAGACGUUGUGCCAGGUCACUCACUCUGCAUGCCAGUUGGAUUUGGUAGCCAAACAAUACUCCCCAGUCCUCCGUCCCGCACAUCAUAGCAAUAAAGCAUGGGCACACCAGCUCGACAGACAGGCUGAGAUUACCUGCUGAAUUUCUAAUGUGUGGGGAAAUGUUUUUUUUAAUCAAAUUAUUUCUUUAUUACAAACAGAAAAUAAAGUAUAUGUUUUACUUCUUGGUGUAUAAUAAUGAAUUCAUGUUUACUCAGACAUGCUAAAUGGGCUCUUCUGCUUAACCAGAAAGGUUUGUUUUUAUUUUUGUUGUUGUUGUAAAGUUUGUCCAUUUAAGUUAAUGAAGUGGAUUCCCAUCAUGCUUUUAACUUUUUUUGUUCUCUUCUGAAAGUCGGCUGAUUAUUGGCACCUGUUAAUCAAUUGAAAUCGAGACUCUCUUGGAAUAUGCAAAUGUGACUUUACUGGCAUGUGACUGUUUUGUUUCGAGGAGGCCGUCCCACCUGACUGAAGCUUAUGGAGGGUCCAAGGUGUGCCACCCAGCCCAGCCCAGCCCGAUCCUGUGAAAGAUGCCUCUGCUUAAUUUAAGCAGCCAGUCCAAUAGAAGAUGAGGGUGCAACCAAAGGCUCCAUUUCAGGUUUGCUGGAAAAAUGAUUGCCUGGUAUCCUAAGUACUUUUAAGAUAUUGACUUGAGUAGUUUGUUGUAAUUCCUUAAAAAAUGUUUAAUAAUGCAGUGUGGCCAACCAAGCCCCGUUUUGAAAAUGAUGAAGCUGGUCUGAUGGUUUGUGUUUUGUUGGUGCCCUCCAUAUAAAAAUGAAUUAGUUACAUAGCACUUUGCUCUCUAUUAUGACAGGCAAUAGGCUUCUUUGUCUCUGUCCCCAAAUUGUGUGACAUGCCCUUUACCCCGUGUACUCUUCAGACUACACACUUGUUAUUACCACUACAGACGUUGUGCCCGGCUAUUCUUUGAAACCUCAAGGACCCGCCACACAGGAGUUGAGCCGCCAUGGCGUCUUACUGAUGUCCUUAACAUCUUUUGUCGAGAAUCGGACUUUUUGUGAAUGUCUUUGUCCAGCUGCGUCACUUUCUGCUAUACUGCCCAAUAUGUAUACACGUUUGUAAUAAAGUUUUGAAUGUAUUGUAUGUCCUGUAUUGAUCAAUAGCACAUGCACGACAUUUUACGUUUUUAUUCAGCACUUUGAAACGGUCCCCGUUAACACAUAGCACUUAAUGGUAUGGCUAUGUAAAACAACUCGCUGUCUUGUUCUGGAAAAAUAAUACAGAAAUGGGGAGAGAUGUGUCUGUGUGGGGCCCAAAGACAAUUGUAAAUGUUUGUGAAUGAAUGCUGUGAAAAGACAACAAGGUGAGAAAUGUGUCUUCAAACGCGGGUCAUUGGACCAUCCAGUAGCCGAUGCCCACCUCACCCCACACAAUAAUA